UCCGCGCGGCCGGCGAUCUGAGCCCGCCCCCAGGGGUGCCUCCCUCGGAGCGGGCGAGGGAGCGCACAAGUAGACAGGCCGCCGAGGCGUCGUAUCGCGCCUGUGGAGCCGGAGCCCCCCGAGCGCGCCAUGGGAGCCGAGCCGCCCCGCCUGGCGCGGCAGCUGUUCCUGCUGGGCUUGGCCGCCGCCUACGUGGCCGCCUUCGCCUCGCUCUACGUCCAGGUCCCCGGCCUGUAUGGGAAGAAUGGCAUCCUGCCAGCCCGGAAGGUGCUCCGCUUCACUGGCAAAGGCUUCUGGGAGCAGCUGCGGGAUUCGCCCACCCUGCUGUGGCUCGGGCCGCGCUUGGGGCUGGACACAGAGCAAGGCGUGGAGCUCCUCUGCCUGCUGGGAAUGCUGCUUUCCUUUGGGGCACUGAUCCUGGAGCCUCUGCGCGACAGCCUGGUCUUCCUGGCCCUCUGGGCGCUCUACUUCUCCAUUUAUCAGGUCGGGCAAGUGUUCCUGUAUUUCCAGUGGGACAGCCUCCUGUUGGAGACAGGCUUCCUGGCCGUGCUGGUGGCUCCCCUGCACUUGCUGAAGUGGCGCUCGACGACCUGGCGGGCGCAUGACGGGGUGACCUUCUGGCUGGUCCGCUGGCUGCUGUUCCGCCUCAUGUUCGCUUCGGGGGUGGUGAAGCUGACCAGCCGCUGCCCCACCUGGUGGGGGCUCACAGCUUUAACCUACCACUACGAGACCCAGUGCAUCCCCACCCCGACUGCGUGGUUUGCCCACCAGUUGCCUGUGUGGUUCCAGAAGUUCAGUGUGGUCACCACCUACGUCAUUGAGAUCGCCAUCCCGCCCCUCUUCUUUGCACCUCUGCGCCGCCUCCGCCUCUUCGCCUUCUACAGCCAGAUUAUCCUGCAGGUUCUCAUCAUCAUCACAGGCAACUACAAUUUCUUCAACCUGCUGACGAUUGUGCUGAGCUUCUCUCUGCUGGACGAUGAGCAUGUGGGGCUGUGGCUGGGGCAGAGCCGGAGGAAAGCAGCAGGUGUCUGGCCCCCAAGGCUGCUGUCCGUCACGUCUGUGCUGUCCGAACUGGGCGCGCUCGGCUUAAUGGCCUACUGGACUGCCCUUUACUUUGGUCUGAAGAUCAACUGGGAGAAGAAGCUGCUGGAGUCUAAGACAGCUUUCACCUAUCACGAAUUCAUGCUGUGGCUGCGGAUGGUGACGCUCCCUCUGGUGGGGAUUGGACUUCUCUCUCUGGUCUGGGAGAUUCUCCAGGCAGGAUACAGAAGCGCCUGCGUCCGGGGCUUUUUCUGGAAACUCUGGAGUACCACUCAAUGGGCAGUCUUUGCCGCUGCGGCCUUGGGGAUGUUUACCAUCAGCCUGGUCCCCUUCACCUACAUUGAGUACGAGUCCAACGGGAAGCUGUGGCCGAGCGUCCACCAGCUGUUCAGUGCCGUUGACCGGUACCAGGUUGCCAAUUCGUACGGGCUCUUCCGGCGGAUGACGGGAGUUGGCGGGCGGCCGGAGGUGGUGGUGGAAGGCAGCUAUGACAAGAAGACGUGGACGGAGAUUGAGUUCAUGUACAAACCAGGUAACGUCAGUGCUCCACCCGUCGUCGUCGCUCCUCACCAGCCCCGGCUUGACUGGCAGAUGUGGUUUGCUGCCCUGGCGCCCCAGACACAUAGUCCCUGGUUCACCGGCUUCGUCCACCGCCUCCUGCAGGGCAAAAAAGAAGUCAUCCAUCUUGUGCAAGUAGACGACUUCAAAUACCCAUUCAGGUCUAAACCCCCUUCCUACAUCCGGGCUCAGCUGUACAAGUACUGGUUCACGGAGGCCGGCGAGGAUAGGUCUCUCCCUCAGCAGUGGUGGAGGCGGCAGUGGGUUGAGGAGUUCUACCCCACCGUCUUCCUUGGUGACCCUGUCCUGGAUGGCCUCUUAGACCAGUAUGGGCUUAAGGACAAGGCCCAUCCCAAGCGGCCCGCCGGCUCCCUCCUGCCCACACUUCUGGAACAAGCAGAAGAGUACCUCCGCCCUUACUCCGGCCCUACCAUCAUAUGGUCCUUGUACCUCACGGGGGCCGCCAUUUGCCUCCUGAGAGCGGCUGGGAGUUGGCUGCUGGCGGGCAGCGUCCCAAGCAGUGGUGGGAAGCACAGGAACGCCAAGCGGGCAGAGCCUGUGGCAGAUGCCGGUGGUGGAGGAGACCAGGCGGGUGGCGAGAAGAAUGGGCAGGUGAAGAAGAAGGAGGCAGUGGCAGAAAAGGCCAGGGGUGCAGCAGAGCCCCCUGCCGAUGGGCUGCGCAACGUCAAGAGGAAGAAAUAACUGCCUUUCCUGGAAGGCCCCGUGCUCUGUCCCCACCGCCCCGUCUUUCAGGGACAGACUGACUGACAUUCCCACCAGACUCUGCCUUGGUCUUUGCUCUUCUGGGAUGGGUUCCUCUCGUGGUCUCGGCGGGUGACGCACAUGAAAUGCCUGCAGGCCUCUUUUGGGAUCUCCAAGGCCCUCCUUUACCUCCCCUUCCUAUUUGAGGCUCCACCUCACAUGCACAGGCUUUAGGUCUGUAGGACCGGGCCCUGCUGGACCCUCCCCUCCGCUCUGUUCAUCCUCCUGAGGCGGGAGGAGGUGUUCACCAUUUUCCCUUCCUGAGCCCAUGGAUCAUGCCGUUCUGGGCCGAAAGGCCUGUUUCCCCAUGCCACCCCUGUCUCCUUUAUUCAGUGCUGCAAUUGGAACAUGACUGCUCAAGUUGCUCCAGAGCAUGCCCCCCCUCUUCCUUGGGGCUUGCUCAUCGGCUUCUAGCGCCACCCGUUCAGCUCACACAAGACCGUGUGCAGAAUGCCUGAAAGGUUCUGUGUGGUUUGGGGCGUAGCUGGAUGUGCCCUCUUGUUCGUUUGGGCCCUGCCCCUUGCCGCUCAAGAAGCGAGACCUUUUUUAAAUCCCUUGUGCUGCUGGGGGCCAGCGUAGGAUGCGGAAGCCUGCUGGUAGCAGGGACUGAUUUAGAGGAGCCUCAUGAAGGAAAACCUCAUUUUCCUGUGAAAGUGUCACAGUCCACCGUGGAGCUCUGUUGUGCUGACCUUGGAGCAGCGUGUUUUGUUUUUUCGGGCAGGGUGGAAGAGUUGGCCUUGAUGGGCUUGGUUGUUCCUAAGAGAGUGGUGGCAAAAGCAGCCCCUGGGGCACCUGGCAGCAGCCCUCAGACCACUGGCCAGGCAAACCCCCUCCUCUUCCUUUCCUCCUCGCCUCUUCCGUUGCCUUGACCUCGAUGGUGCUUCACUGCCUGGCCAGGGAGUGUUGCAACUUGUGCUGCGCUUAGUGGGAGGAGGCUGAAUAGUGGACCUUGGGGGUGUAGUUGGCAUUGCCACAAGCCUCUUGAGGAAGCAGAGAUGCAUUUAUCGCACCCAGAACCAGAGAGAGUUAUCUAUAAUUUUCUAAAUAAAGCCUUUACAUUCCAA